AUGGACCGAACAGUGGCCUCUGGGCCAGACUUUUAUCUGAUCGCCGAUCAGGACACAAUAUAUGAACAAGAUUUGUUUCGCGAUCCCGGCAGCAUCAAACCAUGGCUUGCUUAUAUCGAGUAUAAAAAGCAGCAUGGCACGCUCUACGAACAGGCUUUUGUCAUGGAGCGUGCGUGCAAACAACUUCCCAGAUCUUACAAACUCUGGAAGAUGUACCUGGAAUUUCGGGCGAAUCACCUUCGGGGACGUAAUCCGACGAUUUACCGGGCUGAGUUUCUGAAAGUGAACGCGCUUUUUGAACGUGCUUUGAUCCUUCUUAACAAAAUGCCCCGGAUCUGGGAAAUGUAUCUUUCUUUCUUACUCCAGCAGCCCCUCGUGACACAAACUCGGCGGACUUUCGACCGUGCUUUGCGGGCGUUACCUGUUACUCAACACAACCGGCUUUGGAAACUCUACAAAACGUUUGCUCGUUCUGCCUCCGGCCAAACAGCAGUGAAGAUCUGGGCUCGUUAUAUGCAGAUUCACCCCGAAAAUGCCGAAGAAUAUAUCGAACUACUCGUUGAAAUGGGACAGUACACCGAUGCUGUGAAGCGAUACAUGGACAUCCUUGACAACCCGCGUUUUCAAUCAAAGGAAGGAAAGAGUCAUUUCCAAUUGUGGACCGAAAUGGUGGAUUUGUUAGUCUCAAAGGCGAAGCAGAUCGAAACAGGCCCGCAAGUCGAAAUUGAUGUCGAUGCAAUUCUUCGCAGCGGAAUCGAACGGUUUGCCGACCAGCGGGGUAAAUUGUGGGCCGGAUUGGCAACGUACUGGAUUACAAGGGGCAACUUUGAGAGGGCGAGAGAUGUCUUUGAAGAGGGCAUUGUCACCGUUAUGACCGUUCGAGAUUUCACGCUGAUUUUCGACUCUUACGUUGAGUUUGAAGAAUCGAUCAUCGGAACCCUCAUGGAAUCCGCGGCGUCUCGCGCUGACAACGGCCAGACCGACGAAGAGGCUGAUUUUGACCUCGACCUCCGAAUGAUGCGAUUUGAACAACUAAUGGAUCGACGACCGUUCCUUGUCAAUGACGUGCUGCUGAGGCAGAAUCCAAACAACGUGAUUGAGUGGGAGAAAAGGGUUGCUCUGUGGGGUGACAAUAAACAUGAGAUUGUCCAGACCUACACGGCGGCUAUUGCGGCCAUAAACCCAAAGAAGGCUCAUGGCAAGUUCUCUGAGCUCUGGGUCAACUAUGCAAAAUUCUACGAGACUGGUGGCGAUCCAGACACCGCUAGGGUCAUAUUUGAGAAGGCCGUUAAGGUUCCUUUCAAGUCAGUUGUUGAACUCGCCGAGACGUGGUGUGAGUGGGCGGAAAUGGAACUCCGCAGCGAAAAUUUCGACAAGGCAGUUGAAGUUAUGGCCAAGGCGACUCAAGCACCGAAGAAGUCGACAGUCGACUACUUCGAUGAGACUUUAUCUCCUCAGCAACGAGUUCACAAGAGUUGGAAGCUGUGGAGCUUCUACAUCGAUCUCGUGGAAAGCGUGGCUUCACUGGAAGAAACCAAGAACGUGUACGAGAGAAUAUUCGAGCUACGCAUUGCCACUCCUCAAACAGUCGUCAACUACGCCAACUUCUUAGAGGAGAAUAAGUACUUUGAGGACUCUUUCAAGAUCUACGAACGAGGGCUUGAUCUCUUCAGUUACCCCGUUGCGUUUGAACUUUGGAACCUUUAUCUGACCAAAGCUGUGGACCGCAAGAUUGGCAUUGAGAGGCUUCGAGAUCUUUUCGAACAGGCGCUAGAUGGAUGCCCCCCAAAGUUCGCGAAGCCACUCUAUCUGAUGUAUGGUAACCUGGAAGAGGAACGUGGAUUGGCCCGGCAUGCAAUGAGAAUUUACGAGCGCGCGACCAGGGCGGUAUCGGAUGAGGACCGGUUUGAGAUGUUUGAGUUCUAUAUCACGAAGUCAGCCUCGAACUUCGGGUUAACAUCGACCCGACCUAUCUACGAGCGUGCUAUCGCCGCUCUUCCCGACCAGGAGGCCAAGGAAAUGUGUCUCAAGUUCGCCGAGAUGGAAAGGAGACUGGGAGAAAUCGACCGAGCUCGUGCGAUUUACGGCCACGCCUCUCAAUUCUGCGACCCUCGGACCAAUGCAGUGUUCUGGCAGAAAUGGGAAGCAUUCGAAGUCCAGCACGGAAACGAAGACACCUUCAAAGAGAUGCUUCGUAUCAAGCGCAGCGUUCAAGCACAAUACAACACGGACGUCAACUUUAUCGCUUCCCAAGCGAUUGCCCGCAGCCAACAGCGGACCCAGGACGGCGGCAAAGACAGCGAAGGCCAGCAGGAAUAUAUCGAUGGUGCAUCAGAGCGUGCGGAUGCCAUGGCAGCUCUGGAGCGGCAGGCACGUGCUCCAGUGGGUUUCGUCGCCGCCAGUACAGGGCCCGAAGGUGGGAACCAUCCGCCCCCAGAGAAACAGCAACCCGCUGCCCCGGUCAACCCAGAUGCUAUUGACCUUGAUGAUGACAUGGAUGCUGAAUAG